AUGAAGCUUCUCAGUUGGUUGAUUGUUGUUUGUGCUACAUUUGCCCCAUCGUUGGGCAGUUUCGUUGAGUGUGAUCUUGAUCUGGAAGAUCCCGCAAUUAUCAGCCGACUGCCAGAACAGUGCCAGAAUGUGGAUGAUGCUACCAAAUCGUUAAUGAUCGAAGAAUCGGCAAGCUUUAAAUUGUUCCAUCAGAAGCUGCUAGAGUAUGAAGCUUCCCAGGUUCCGGCCAGUGAAGAUGCGGUGCACAUGGAUAUGGAUUUCCGUAACGAACUGUACGCAGCUGGUGAUCUGCACGAGUGUCUAAGCUUAAACGAUACGCUUAACCAGUACUUACGGUGCGUGAUGGACAAGCGGAACAAAAUGUUGGAAAUAGUUGAACAAGCUGGCUCUUUAUGA